AUGUCCCGGGCGCUUCCCACUUAUCUCAAAGAAGUCACCCCUACCGAGGCAGUUGAAUACGUCUUGCCCCUUCUCGGUGGUUUGGCCAUCGACGAGGAGGAACGAGUCAAGGAGGCGUUUGUCGGCGAGCUUUUGGUCAUCAUCUGGUGGUUUUUCACGACCUGUAGGGUAACGGACCAGGAGCCUGAACCCGCGCCUGAAAACGCGGAACCCGACCCCGAUGUGAUUCCGCUCGUGUCUGUUCAGUCCUUCUCCGCAGUGCUGGCUUCAUUGCUUUUGUCGAGUAACUCCGAGGUAUCGGCCACCGCGCGCGGGACGGUCAUUGAGCUCUUGGGUCGCACCCGAUGGGUCGUUGCUGGCAAGGACCUCGAUCAAGAGCAAACUACCCAGUUUUGCGAAACCAUGCGUCCGGUCGGUCCAUGGUCCCGCGGCAGGCUAGGGAUCGAGGAAGCGAGGAUGAUCCAGCUGGAGAUGAUAUAUGGUGUGAUUAUCGAUCUUGGGCGGUUGGAUCUGAAUGCCGAGGUCGUCGAGGACCAAGCAGCUCAAGAUGCAUUAUACACCUUGGAAAACAAUGAGCACGAAGACUUGUCCACACUCGUUCCACCUACCGAUGAUGACUCAUGCUUGGAUCCAUUGGUCACGCCCACACCUGAGACAUCCAAGUCCUAUGCCAACCCGAUGAUCUAUUCCGAUGAUGAAGCCUCAGUGUCUGGUUCUGAAACCGUCUCGUCGUUUAACCAGACAUUGGAAUCUAGCGGCACCUCGAUCGAGUUGCCCCGUUCUGCGCCAGCGAGUGUAACGACGUUCAAUCAUACCCGCGCCUUGGCCCCUGCGUCCAAAUCUGCUCCUGGGAUCGGAGGGAACACAAGUUCGUCCUCAUCCCUGAAUCUGCCAGAACUCUCACCGGCUGAUAGUUCUCGAUCUUCAGUCGCAUCCCCAGCCGAACCCGUAUCCCCACCUGAGAACGACGAGCCCCGGGAGUUGUCCAAAUCUUCCAACCUCUCGCACUCGGAGUCCAUGUCCCUUGCCCUUCCCCGCUCCAAGAUCUCUCUCUCCCUCCCUGGAUCAGACACCGAUACCGAUAACGACGACAUGCUUUGGCAUACGCCGCGCGGAGGAGAAGGGUUCGAGUCGGGGUAUUUUGGUUCUUCAAACGUGACGCGAGAGUCGAGUCCGAUCGCGACUACCAGUCGACUGGGCGUGACUCGGCCGGGUCUGGAAAGACACAGCUCGAGCGUGAGCCUUGUGUCGGAGAUCAACCCGGACGAGUAUGUGGAUGCCGAGUGGGUGGAUGCCGAGCACAGUCUUGAGAACGGUGUGGUCGGCAAUGGUGGUGGCGAGGAUGAGAUUGUUGUAAAUGGAGUCGAGGAAGGGGAGAGCGAUCCCGGGGUCGGAGUCGGGACCGUAACGAACAGCGCGUCCGCAGGGGUGACUGAGAAUGGAACCGCUGAAGGACAGGGGGGUGAAGGUUGGACGGAAGACGCAUAUAUUGAUGAUGGCGCGGCUGCUGAAGAGGCUGCUAUUGGACGGGUGGCCAGUAUGAGCUUGGUCGCUGCGGUCGCUUCCAGCGGUGUCGUGGAUGACGAAAUCUACACGCUUUUCAUCGAAGAGGUCUUGCGUAUCUCGUCAGACCCUGUAUAUUGGCUACCCAUUCUGGAAUCACUUGUAAAUGAUACAGAGUCCCACGUGCGGCAGUCAUCCGUCUAUGCGAUCCCAUCGGUCUUGAAACGGCUUGACCCACAACAUCGACGUGAACUAGCGAUCAAAUACAUGCUUAAACUAUGUAACGAUGACAUCGAGGUCGUACGAACCGGUUCGCUCCAAGUGCUCGCCGAAGUCAUUCACACCUUCCACGAAGAUAAAUCCGGACCCCCAGAUGAGCUCAUCGACUUUUUCCUUCAGGGCGAAAAAGACCUGGUCCGCGCCCCCUUGCCCAAGACCGAAGCGGAGCGCGCGACUCCCUCGGCAGAGAAAGACCUUAUAGUCACUGGGGAGCCGAGCCGAGUUCAUACUUUGAAGCUGAUCCGAGCUUCCCAGACCCAGAUCGCGCGCUUAUCUGCGCCGAUGGAGUCGGCUCUCGGGGUAUACACAUACCUCGCCGAAGAGAGCUGGCACACUCCCAAAGUACGAGCGACACUCGCCGCGAGCGUGGGCGAGAUUGCGCGUAUAGUUGGGACCGAGGCGGCGCGGAAAGACGUCAUACCCGUGUGGUGGAUCUGCCUCUCGUCCGACCAGCGGGAAGCCAAACUCAAGGCCCUCACCGCGCUCCCGUUGUUGCUCGAAUCCCUCGAUGGCCCCGGUCGGUCAGAGGUUGCGUCUAAACUGGGAGAGGCAUGGGAGAAGCAUGUCUCGGACUGGAAAGUGCGCGAUACGUUUGCGAGGCAGUUGAGUGCUGUUGUUCCGAUGUUAAGCCACGAGGGCGCAGUUCUUUGUCGAAUUUUCAAGGGCGGGCUGGAAGAUCGGGUCGCAGCUAUUCGAGAGGCUGUUAUUGACGCUUUGCCUGUGCUAUAUCAAGUUCUUCGAGGCAACCAUGCGCUGCUCAAGGUUGCGCGGGAUGAUCUGUUUGCUUUGGGGGCAUCUGGAAUGUCCCGACACAAGACCAAUUUCCUCGCAAGUUGCCGCGCUUUGGUUCAAGGCGGACAAGGAGACUCUAUUCUGAAGGAUUCGCGUUUCGGACCCAGCAUUGUACCGCUAGCUCAACAUUCUGUCAUCGAUGUACGAAUAGGUCUUGGUCGACUGAUGACUGCCAUUUGUGAGAACCAUAUGCAUACAUGGAAAGAACGGCCCCGGUGGAUCGUAGACUGUCUCGAAAAGCUCAGUCUGGACUCGUCUGCAGAUGUACGCGCGUUUGUUCAUCGAGUGACCAGUUCCGAGUACGUUGAACCCAAGUCUGUCGAGUCUGCUCGGCCUCGUCCUACUGGCACUUCUACACCGAGCUUUGCCGAGUUUUCUCGUCCGCCAUGA